AUGCACGAACAAAGGGGUGAUGACAUCCAAUCUCUACGAGCGCCUCAUCUUAAUAUCUCUAUCAAGAACCUAUGCCAAAACCUUUAUCCUGGUAUGAGUAAGCAACAGAAACGUAUCAAGAAGGCCCGAAUAUCUUCGGAAUCACUUUAUGGAUGGAAAUGGAAACUUCUAAAAAACGUCGCUUUGAUAUUAUCAUUAGUGAACGCCAAUGUCAAAGGAUAUGAGAGGAAGGCCUGGAAGACCUUAGAAGUCGAUGCAAUCAAUGCCUAUAUGCAAACGCUGCCUCAGUUUGGCAUUCUCGAUGACCUCGAAAAGGCCUGGGAAUCUGUCGUUACGUUCUAUCGUGGUAGUCACCAACAACGUGUUCAAGCCUCAGAUCAUUUGUUAAUUCCCACCAACGCUCAAGGUAAACAGUCUUCAUCUAUUGAACAAUAUCCAGUCAGCUAA